AUGAAGGGUGCUGUCUUCGCCGCAGCGACGCUGCUAGGCUCUGUGAGCGCAGGCAUCCAUAAGCUGCCUCUCAAGAAGGUUUCGCUGUCGGAGCAGCUCGCCGGCGCCAACAUCGAUACCCAUGUGAAGCAUCUGGGCCAGAAGUACAUGGGCAUCCGCCCCGAGGCCCACGCCGAUGAGAUGUUCAAGGAUACCUCCAUCCACGACGAGGGCGGCCACACCGUCCCCGUCAGCAACUUCUUGAAUGCCCAGUACUUCUCCGAGAUCACCAUCGGAACCCCCCCUCAAACCUUCAAGGUCGUCCUCGAUACCGGAAGCUCCAACCUGUGGGUGCCCUCCUCCGAGUGUGGCUCGAUCGCCUGUUUCCUUCACACAAAGUACGACUCCUCCUCUUCGUCGACCUACGCGAAGAACGGGUCGUCCUUCGCCAUCCAGUACGGCUCUGGAAGCCUGAGCGGAUUCGUUUCCCGCGAUGUCAUGUCCAUUGGUGACCUCAAGGUCAAGGACCAACUCUUCGCCGAGGCCACCGAGGAGCCCGGUCUUGCCUUUGCCUUUGGUCGAUUCGACGGCAUCUUGGGUCUGGGAUACGACACCAUCUCCGUCAACAAGAUCCCCCCUCCCUUCUACAACAUGGUCGACCAAGGUCUUCUGGAUGACGCGGUUUUCGCUUUCUACCUCGGUGAUACUGAGUCCGAGUCCGAGGCCGUCUUCGGCGGGGCCGACGAGAGCCACUACACCGGCAAAUUGAUCGAGAUCCCCUUGAGACGCAAGGCUUACUGGGAGGUUGACUUCAACUCGAUCAGCUUCGGCGAUUCGACUGCCGAGUUGGAGAACACCGGCGUCAUUCUUGACACCGGAACCUCUCUCAUUGCCCUCCCAGCAACGCUUGCUGAGCUCCUCAACAAGGAGAUGGGUGCCAAGAAGAGCUACAACGGCCAGUACACCAUUGACUGCGACAAGCGUGACAGCCUCCCAGAUGUGACCUUCAACCUUGCUGGUUACAACUUCAGCAUUACCGCUUACGACUACAUCUUGGAUGUUCAGGGUUCCUGCAUCUCCACAUUUAUGGGAAUGGACAUCCCUCCCCCUGCUGGACCCCUUGCAAUCUUGGGAGAUGCGUUCCUCCGCAAGUGGUACUCUGUCUACGACCUCGGCAAGAACAGCGUUAGCCUUGCUGCUGCCAAAUAG